AUGGCAAACUCUGACAGCGAGGUAAAAACGCUUCUGAACUUUGUCAAUUUGGCAUCAAGCGACAUCAAGGCAGCGCUUGACAGAUCGGCACCCUGCAGACGCUCCGUGGAUCACCGGAAAUACCUACAGAAACAACUUAAGCGAUUUUCACAGAAAUACGCCAAAAUACCGCGCUGUCAUUCACACAGAUCGAGUGAGCCGUCAAAAAUAUCCCAGGAGAAAACUGCUACGUGUGGACACGAGGACACUCGAUCCAGGGAUGUGCGUAGCUUCACUGACAGAAGAGAUUCGAGUUUUGAGGAAAAACAUCUGAACCUGGAUUUGAAUACGACCUCUGAGGAUGAACCGCGAUCGGGUCACGUGCCCAUGCGCAACAGGCAGCUGCCGGCGUCUUUCUGGAAGGAACCGCAUUGCUCCUCGGGCAGCCGAGAACAAUGGGAGCAUUUCCUUAAAAAUAAUACGAACGGGACCGUACACGGCAGACCUCUGCUACAGAACGGCGAGAGAAGAAAAAUGAUUUAUCACGACUUAAAACCAGACCUGUUAUUGUCCAGUGAUGUGGAGCCGCUGAGGAGUGUGGUGUGCGCUUGCUGUGCGAUUGAGUACCGCGGGCAUCACGCACGCUUUCUCGCACCUCAUGCUGACGCGGCGUUCAUCAGGAACAAAACUUCAGAGACAAAUAUCGAAAUAUCGCACAACUUUCUCGAUGGACUUCACAGCAACACCACACAUGUGGUUGUCAAGCCGAUUCCCACUAAGCCAGCGGUUUCCUCUUCCAUUUUCAGUGUGUUUGGCUUUAUUUAG